UUGGUCUUGGUACGGUGAGCGAGCAACUUGCACGAUCGAUCAGUUCGCUACUCGCAGUCAAGCCGUGUGGACGUGAAAUUGUGCGAGCCGGGGAAAUUCUCUCGAGUGUCUCGUGUGGAAAAAGUGUGGCAAAAAGUGAUUAUUUCUGAAACUGUUGGCUAUUAAGUGACUGUGAGUGGCACAUAUCCCUGGACCGGAUUCCAAGAAGCAAAAAUAGCGGCUCGUCACUAGAGUUCUAAUCCGAAGACACGCGAGUUAUCAAACGACCAAAGCAAAAAAAAAAGGUGUGACCGAAUUAGUGUUGGGGUAUCUAGAGAAUGACUACAGGUGGAAAAGGUUGGCUAUCAUGUCGCCAAGUGUUGAACAUCAUGGUCAUCUUCGGCUUCAUGCUGAACUAUGCCCUGCGAGUUAACUUCACCAUCGCCAUCGUCGUGAUGGCGAAAACCCUGAAGAAUCUCACCAACGGUAGCGCGGCGAUCGAAGGCUUCGCCAAUGAAACCUCAGCGGCACUGGCCAGCGUGGCCUCGACGACCGAGCAGAGCGUCAUCAGCGAAGCGGACAAGUUCGAGUGGGACGCCUACCAGCAGAACCUGAUGCUCGGCAGUUUUUUCUGGGGCUACGUGCUGACGGAGCUGCCCGGAGGCCGUCUGGCCGAGAUCAUCGGAGGACGCCGUGUCUUCGGAUAUAGCAUGCUUUUCGCUAGUGUAUUGACUUUGCUUACUCCUAUUGCUGCUUACACCCAUUACAUUGCGGUAGUUAUAUUGCGAGCUGUUCUAGGCUUCUUCCUGGGAGCAUCCUGGCCGGCAAUCCACCCGUUGACUGCAGUCUGGAUUCCACCCAUGGAUCGGUCCAAGUUCAUUGCUAACAUGAUGGCCUCGUCGCUGGGUGCCGCCAUUACGAUGCCAAUCUGCGGUUACCUGAUCGCUACGAUCGGAUGGCAGUCGGUGUUCUACUUUACCGGCGGGCUGGCCCUGCUGUGGUCGAUCAUGUGGUUCUUGUUUGUGUUCGAGACCCCGGCUGAGCAUCCUCGCAUUACCGCAGAGGAACGUAACGAGAUCGAGACCGCUAUCGGUGCCGGCGUCAAGGCCAAGAAGCCCACGUACGUCCCGUGGAAGUCGAUCUUGACUUCGCCACCGGUUUGGGCCAUCAUCCUGACCCACGGUGCUUCGGUGUUUGGCUUCUUCACGGUCGUCAACCAGCUGCCGACCUACAUGAAGUACAUCCUGAACUUCAACAUCAAGGAGAACGGUCUGUUGUCUUCGCUGCCCUACUUCGGAAAAUACGCCAUGGCUGUGAUCUCUUCCCACUUGGCCGAUCAUCUGCGUAAGAACGGAACUCUUUCAACCACCGCCACCCGCAAGAUCUUCACUGCUUUCGCCGUCAUGACUCCCGGCUUCCUGAUGAUCGUCCAGGUGUACAUGGGUGAGAACCGCAGCUGGGCUGUGGGCAUCUUCACGCUGGCUCUGUUCCUGAACGGUGCCGUCACUGCCGGUUACCUGGGCAACGGGCUGGACAUCGCACCGAACUUCUCCGGCACGAUCUUCGGCAUGGCCAACACGCUGUCCUCGUUCGGAGGUUUCGUGUCCGCCUACAUGGUCGGCGUUCUCACCAAUGACAACCAAACCUACGGCCAGUGGCAGAUCGUGUUCUGGAUCCUGGCCGUCAUCUACAUCGUCGGCUCAUCUGCCUAUCUCAUCAUGGGCACCGGUGAGCUCCAGGCCUGGAAUAACCCACCGGAGAGGGGUGUCAACGGCCGCGAGACCGAGGAAGGUGUCCCACUGAACCAGCAGGGACAAAACAACAAACCAAUCUCGGCUUCCUCUUAAGAAGAAGGAAGUCCCUGCUAGAAGUGCGCUUAUUAGUACAUAUACACACAAUGCUGAGUCACUGUGCUCUGGCAUCGUAGUAGGCAGCUGGGUGGAGAGGAGUGGAGUGGAAUCAAAUAUCUGACUUGGAGAAGAACAGGGUCGCGCAGCCUGCUGCGAUCGGUGCUUCUUAGAAACAUAUAUAGAUACUUAUUUGAAUUUCUCUCAGAAUCACGCGACCGUGUUCGUCGGUAGGGCAGAAUGUAAAUUUUAAUUUGUUUAAUUUUAAAUUGCGACACAUCAAUGAAUGUUAGUUUUUUUUAGUUUACUUUUGUAUGAGUGAUUUCUGUUAUUUUUAGUUGGAGUACUACUUACAGUAGAUUUCAGAAUGAGAGUGGUAGAUUCUCGUGAUUUGCUUUAGCAUUUAUUAAUUUAUUCUGUUAAGAGUGAAUCGUGACGAAAAGUGAAUCAUCGGUAGAAGUAUUUGAAUAUUGCGAGUCGAGCUUAAGAUGCUGAAUCCUCAGAUGUAAAACAUCAUUCCGGUCAAUGCUCUGUUAUUUCGAUCGUAGUGAAUGAAUCAAAACUUAACCUCCACAUAACAAAAUGAGUUCAGAUUUCAAUUGAUACACUGCACUGCUAAAGUUUUCAUGUUUUAGUGAAAACUGUCAGAAAUUCGCACCUCGCGAAACUGAUGGUAGUUAUUCAAGCGUAGACUGAGUUCUCACCAUUUGCCAAAUUAUUCAAAAACAGCGAACAUAAUCAUCACCGUCUAAAAUGGAGUUUUGAGGAAAGAUACUCACCGAUUAUCGCGUUUGAAUCGCGGGUAGCGAACUAAACCUUAAAACACGUGUGCCUUUUCACUGAACUGAAAUGGUGUCAGAAGCAGAAAACGAAAACAGAAAACAAGCCAAGUGUACUUUGAACCUCUACUAUACAUGUAUACAAAACAAUAGACUACGUAUAUAUAGAUCGAAUGUCGUGUACUCUGAGUAAAACAACUGUCCGCGAUGGGCGAUAGAAAAUAGCCACAUGUCAACAAUUUAGGGUAUUUUUAUUUACAAUCUUCUGUAGAGCAGAGUAGAAAAAAGUAUACAAUAGUUUUUAGAAAUUACUCGAUUUUAAUAAAAAGGGAAAAUACGUGAGAAAAUCCGAAAA